GGUAACAACGCAAGCCAUUCUUACUUCCUGUCUGUCAUGGCGACUCUGUUCGAAGCUAUACCAUUUGCUGUGGAAACAUCUCUUUUCGGUGUAGAAGCGGGGAAAGAUGAAGAUUCGAUUAUAAUUUCGAAUAAAAAGGGUUUUAUUAAUACAGUUAAGCUAUCAGAUUGUAAACUUCUAACAAGCCUCCCAAUCAGACACGGUGUUCAGGUGACCAGUCCAGCAGUUUGGAAUAAUGUUCGAGAAGAGUACCUUCUGGUUCAAAACAAACAGGAGAUUCGACUAUGGCAAGAUGGCAUAAAAAACCUUGACAAAGCCAAAAGACGUCAUGUAUCAACAAACAUACACAAGCUUUUCUGCCUCCCAAACUUUAACCCCAUCAUUCUGUAUGAAGAUGGUCACACAGAAUUCCUAGGAAAUGUGAAACCUGACCAAGAACCAUUGCUGAAACAAGGGGAGAUAAUCACAUGGUGCUCUACAGUGACUAUUGCAGAAGGUGUUUGUGUUCUUUAUACAACUUCUGUUAAACAUGAAAACAGACUUUGUGUCUACAGCUUCUGGUACAGCUUAGACACUCAGAGAUGGCAUCAGAAAACCUCAACAGUUCUUUCACAUGGAGCACUUUCUGGCUGUGCGUGCACAGCAGAACCUGACCAAAAGGCUGUGAGAUUUUUCUCAUUAUGGAGUGAUGGAACAUUAAAGGAAACACUUUUGACGGAAAGUUCCCAAGAGGAAGAUAUCCAGUCUGCUGUAAUACCGGGAAUAAAAGCUGGCUGUUCCCUUGUCUGCCUUUCUAAAGAUCAUGUUGUCAUUGUUGGGCUGCAAAAGGAUGAACAAGAUGGUAUUGGCAUACUUGAUGCUAAGUUUGGAACACUGCAAGCUUGGCAGCCUCUCCCGCCAAGUUUUACAUCUAGCAAACAGGUUUUUUGUCUACAAAAUCACAUAUUUGUGCAUGGAGGAAAAGUCCUGUGCAUGUAUCGCUAUGAGUGCCACUCUUCCACUCUUGCAGUCAUAUUAGGUCAGCAGACAGAGACAGUGAACACCAUAGAAUCAUGUCCAACAUAUAUCUCACUCGCUGAAUGGAAGACUUCAGAAAGUCAGCAAGUAUCUGGCAGUGUUGGUAGUGAGGUUUUAGAUUUUUUCAGAAGUCUUAUUGACCCUUCACAGACAUCAACAUACACAACUUUUAAGGAAGUGUUUUGUAAAGUAACGGACAUACUGCAGGAGGGUCUGAAAGAUUGGGCUGCUACUAGUGCAGUAUCCUUGCUUAUUUUGCGCUGCUGUUCAGAGACAAAUUUCUGGCCGAGAGCAGAGAUAGAACUUCUUGUUUCACAAAAAUGCAUUACAUCAAGUAACGUUGGUAUCUUGUUUGAUGCACUGGUGAAAAGAAAGGAAGUGGCUUUGAUUCACAAAGCUCUCAAAUUGUUGGACGAGGUACCAGAGUCAUGCCUGAUCAAGGCCUUACACUGCAUUAUGACCACAAGUGAUGAAGCUUUGGCGCAUGCAGUAGAUGGCAUAGAGGCCGAAAAGACUUUUGACAAAGACAUCAUGGACGAGUGUCCAUUGUCAGAGCCUAAGCAACACUUUGUAAAUCUGAUCUUGUGUUGCCCAUUCAGUGACAUAUACUUGCAGGAGAGCUUAUGCAAACUGCCUUUCAGUGUCGUUUUGGAUUUCUUGAAGUAUAUCCUUUUCCUAAUGAAGCUGCCAAUGAAGACAAGCUCUGACGCUAAAGGGCCAUCAUCAGAGAAAGUGUAUGACUGGUUAGCCGUCACAAUUGAUGCUCAUUUCACACACUUGUCGCUUGCAAAAGAUGCACAGGAACUAGUUGCGCAGCUUCGCGAUGAAGUCAUGAUUCAGGCAAAGUUUUCAGAUUUGUGGAAGCUCGAACAGCUUAUAUCAAACUGUCUGAAGAGAAAGCGUGAUAACAAAGCAACCAAAUAUGUUGGACAAUAUUGCAUUGAAGUGCUGCAUUUAUAUUAAAAGCAUUAAAAUAAAA